CAUGUUUCCAACAAACUAAAAAAUGGAUACUUUCUUAAUUAUUUUACUUGCGUGUUGCAUAGAUUCAGUAAAAAGCAACAACAACAAUUGUGACUCUAAUUUUUCACCUUAUUUAAUGUGUUGUGGACAAACUCAAGUCUUCAAACCAGAAAAGUACUCUCAAUGCUGUGGUACAAAGGCCUACACACCUACAAAACAAAUUUGUUGUGGUGGAGAGGUUUUUAAAAAAACAGAUAUAAAUUCAGGGUGUUGCUAUAAUCAGUACUAUCAAAAAGGGCAAAAGCAAUGUUGUGGCAGGCAACUAGUUGAUAUAAAAACUGAAGGCUGCUGUAGAAACGAACCAUUUAACACUGCGUAUGAAGCAUGUUGUGGUGGGUCUAGAAUUCCUAUUCUGACUUUCAAUGAAACAGAAUGUUGUGGAACAACACUAAUUAAUCCUGUAAAUGAGAUAUGUUGUGCUGAAAUAUCUUCUCCGAAACUUCACGGAACUUUUACUAAGUGUUGUGGAUCACAACCAUUUGAUAGUCAAAAAGAAAUUUGCUGCAAUAAAAAGGUGCAACCUAAAGUGAAUAAUUUGGAUCAAUGUUGCAACGGUAAACCAAUUGAUACACAAAAACAAAUUUGCUGUGGUAAUUAUGUUAGACCUUUAAUGUUUGGAAACCAGCACACUGGAUGUUGUAGAUUAAACAGUUCCUAUUCUCAAGUUCAUGAUACAAGGACUCACAUGUGUUGUUUAAAUAAGCUCAGUAAAAUAUUUGGAAAAGAAUCAGGUUGCUGUCUUGAUAAAGUUUACGAUUUAUCAACUCAUAUCUGUUGCGAUGGUAUUCUACAUAAAAAAACACUUAUGAUAAGCGAACGUUGCUGUGGUGAAAAAGUUUAUGAUCGUGAAAAACAAUUGUGUUGCGAUAAACAGCUGCACAAUUUUGAACCACAUUUGAUGCCCAAUAUGUAUUGUUGUGGAAAAUACAAGUACGAUAUAAGAAUUUGGGAAUGCAAAAAAGAUAAUAAGUUAUCUUCAAGAGGAUUCUCUCCGAUAACAGAGGCAAAUUAAAAAAAAUACGAGAUUAUGUUGAUUGUAUUAUAAAAACUAAAAUAUCGAAAUAAUGAUUUUAGUUAAAUAAAUCUGAGGAAAACCUCUAAAGAAAAA